UGUACCAUGCGCUUCGCGUUAGCAGUCUUGUGGGCUUGGCUCACGCAGCUGUACCAUCUUUCCGACGGGGUGUUCAUUACGGACAUCGUGCCCGUAGAUAGCUUGGGUGACUGUUUGGUCAAUGGAGAAACAGCUUUUCAUGGCAGAGAAUACAACGUCGACACGCCAUGCGAGCGCUGGUUCUGCAGAGGCCCGAUGAAUAAAACUCACGGCGAGCUAGUUCGUGAACCUUGCCGGAAGCCAGAACCACCAAAUCGUUACUGCAGGAUAAUAAAACGCCGAGCCCGGUUUCCUCAUUGUUGCCCUCGUAGAAAGUGUCGCCUUGAUGGUUGGUCCGAUGAAAAGUAUGAGUGACUAGCCUCGAAUUGCCGUGCCUUGGAGGGCGAUGAAUCUAUGCAACAAGACAUGAGAUACGUGACCGAGAGACCUGUGGAGAAACGCGUUAAUAAAAAUAUUCUUGAACUUUA